UCCUCGCUCACUCGCCAUUUGAAUACUCUGUUCUCCUCCAGCAAAAUUCACAGAGCAGAACACAUAGACCAUGGUUCAACGGUCGGCCGGCCAGAGCGCGCGGCGGGGCCGGCAGCAGCACGACCACCCGACGGCGGCGGCCGCGGCGAGGUCCGGCGGCGGGGGGAGGCGGCAUUACCAGCAGGAGCUGCUGCUGGGGCUGCACAGCAGCAAGGGCAAGGGCGCGUGCCGGUUCAAGCGCAGCUGCUUCAGCGAGGAGGAGGACGCCGCGUCGUCCGCCAUGCUGCUGCUCGCCUGCGUCGUCUGCGCCCCCUCACUUUGAUGUUGAUUACCCCCUGGUGAUCUCGAUCGUGGAAACGACCGCUAGCUUAAGUAAUUUUUUCUCAAUUAUCCCUGUGCUACUAGUAAUUACUGUGUACUGUAUCCAGAUAUAACUGUGAUGUGUAAAUCUCCACCCGUUGACCCCCUUUCUCGGUUGCUCAACCAGUAGUGAAUUAUAUGUACUCGUCGUGUAAACCAUUGUGCUCACCGUGUACUGUAUCCAGAUAUAACAAGCCGUUGUUCUCA